AUGGUUCAGUCCUCGAUCCUCGGUUUCCCGCGUAUGGGAGUUAACCGUGACCUCAAGAAAGCCACCGAAGCAUAUUGGGCUGGCAAGAUCUCGCAGGAUGAGCUCCUUGCAGAGGGGAAGAGAUUGAGACUGGAACACUGGAAAAUCCAGAAAGAUGCUGGCGUCGACAUCAUUCCAAGCAAUGACUUCGCCUUCUACGACCAGGUCCUGGACCACAUUGAGCUCUUUGGUGUGGUCCCAGAACGGUACACAAAAUACAACCUGGCUCCCCUAGACCAGUACUUCGCUAUGGGUCGAGGUCUGCAGAAGCCUGCCACCGAUAGCUCCCCUGCUGUCGAUGUGCCUUCUUUGGAAAUGGUCAAAUGGUUUGACUCGAACUACCACUACGUCAAACCGACUCUCCAAGACAACCAGAGCUUCAAGCUCGCCUCAAAUCCCAAACCUGUGGUCGAGUUCCUCGAGGCCAAAGAAGCCGGCAUCACCACACGCCCUGUCGUUCUUGGGCCUGUUUCCUUUCUCUAUCUCGGCAAAGCAGACCGCGGUCAAUCUAUUGAACCUAUCUCGGCCCUCGACAAACUUCUUCCUCUCUACGAGGAUCUGCUCAAACAGUUGAAAGAUGUUGGUGCCGAGACCGUGCAGAUUGACGAACCCAUCUUGGUCUUCGAUUUGCCCCCGCACGUCAAGGAGGCCUUCAAGCCGGCCUAUGAGAAGCUCGGUGGACUUGGGAGCACUGCUCCCAAGAUCCUUCUUGCGACCUACUUUGGCGACGUCGUCCACAACAUCGAUGUUCUCAGCUACCUGAAGGGGAUUUAUGCUAUUCACAUCGAUCUCGUACGCAACCCAGAGCAGUUCGAAACCGUUGCGUCUGCGUUGGGCCCUCAACAGGUCCUGUCGGCGGGCGUUGUGGACGGUCGAAAUAUCUGGAAAACCAAUUUCAAGAAUGCCAUCGAGCUCGUUGAGACCGCCAUUCAAAAAUUGGGCAAAGACAGAGUCAUUGUCGCAAGCUCCAGCUCUCUUCUCCACACUCCUCACACUCUGGCCAGCGAGAAAAGUUUGGACCCUGAGAUUGCCGACUGGUUCAGCUUUGCUUGCGAGAAAGCGAAAGAGCUGGCAAUUAUUGCAAAGGCUGUGACGGAUGGGCCCGCUUCCGUCCGAAAAGCUCUCGAAGCCAACGCAAAGUCGAUGCAAGCUCGUGCUUCUUCAAGCCGAACCAACGAUCAAGCGGUCAAGGAGCGGCAGCGCAAGAUUACCCCAGACAUGUACAACCGAAAGUCACCAUUCCCUGUUCGAAUUGUCCAACAGCAGAAGCGUCUUCACCUGCCUUUGUUCCCGACUACCACCAUUGGAUCAUUCCCUCAGACCAAGGAAAUCCGUAUCCAACGCAACAAGUUCACUAAAGGCGAGAUCACUGCAGAGGAUUAUGAGAAGUUCAUUGAGAAAGAGAUCCGUGAUGUCGUCAAGAUCCAGGACGAAUUGGGCCUCGAUGUCUACGUUCACGGCGAGCCCGAACGCAACGACAUGGUCCAAUACUUCGGCGAGCGACUGAAGGGAUACGCUUUCACCACCAAUGGCUGGGUUCAGUCCUACGGCUCCCGAUGUGUCCGACCACCCAUUGUCGUUGGUGACAUCUCUCGACCUGCUCCCAUGACGGUCAAAGAAUCCAAAUUCGCCGCUUCUAUUUCUAGCAAGCCGAUGAAGGGUAUGCUUACAGGUCCCAUCACCUGUUUAAGAUGGUCGUUCCCCCGUGACGAUGUUCACCAAUCUGUUCAAGCUGAACAACUGGCUCUGUCUCUCCGCGAUGAGGUCCUUGACCUCGAAAAGGCGGGUGUCUACGUCAUUCAGGUCGAUGAGCCUGCUCUGCGGGAAGGUCUCCCACUCCGCGCGGGCAAGGAACGAACUGACUAUUUGAAGUGGGCCGUGGAUUCAUUCCGUCUCGCAACUGCGGGUGUUGAGGAUGCCACUCAAAUCCACAGCCACUUCUGCUAUUCUGAAUUCCAGGAUUUCUUCUAUGCUAUUGCAGCACUGGAUGCUGAUGUUCUCUCGAUCGAGAACAGCAAGUCUGACGCUAAGCUUCUCAAGGUUUUCGUUGAUGAGGCCUAUCCGCGUCACAUUGGACCUGGUGUCUAUGACAUUCAUUCUCCUCGUGUUCCUUCCGAGAAGGAAAUCCACGACCGAAUUACAGAGAUGUUGCAAUACUUGAAGCCGGAGCAACUGUGGAUUGAUCCUGACUGCGGGCUCAAGACCCGACAGUGGAAAGAAACCAAGGCUGCGUUAACCAACAUGGUCAACGCGGCAAAGAGCUUCCGUGCUCAAUAUGCCAAGGGCAAUUAA